UAAUUAUUCUUUUGUUAAUCUUUACAGACGUCACAGACUAAAGGUACAUAAUUGAGCGAGAUUUCCUCAGGGGACUUAACUGCAGGAUUACCAAGGACAAACGAAACAAGUUGAAAACGUGAUAGUUUAGUUCUCUGAAAAUGGUCUUCCUUACCCGGAGUUUACUUGGUAAAGUAUCAAGAAAGCCAGACAAAUAUUGGAAACGAGUGGCCAUAAGACGUUUAACAUGGCACUUCUUUGGACGCAGAAGAAACUGUUACAAACUCUCCAUGGCAGUCUUGCGACGGGCAUUUAGGUAUUCUUCAAGAUCAGCAAGACUAAGCUCACACAACAACAAUGCUGUCUUUGAUACAAGGAUUGCUGCAGGGUGUGCAGAGCAUGGCAUACAGUUCUCUUCUUUUCUUUCAACACUUUAUGAGAUGAACAUCGAACUUGGUAAAAAAGUUCUGGCUGAUUUUGCUAUCUAUGAACCUAGAACAUUUCAGAGUCUCUGUGAGCUGGUGAAGAGACACUAUGCGGGGUCAUUUCAGAAAAAUUUAAACCCAUCAAAUAGAAUAUUCACAAAAGGAAUGCUAUGAAGUCACUUCUGAAAAUCAUGUGUGAAAGUUUGACAGGAAUGCAAUUUUAUAUGAGCAAAGUAAACAUUUUCAAGAUUAUCUUUAUGCUGCACUUGUCUUUGUCUGGAAAAGGAUAUGGACAUGAUUUAAAAAUAGUUUGUAUGACUGACUGUGGGAGAUGUAUAAAAAUUGAACCACAAGAUUCUGCAGCUUUUUCCCCCCAAAACUAGUGAUUCACACCAUAAAAACUUAUAACUUAUCAUUUUUAAACUCAGUUUUCUUUUUUAAAAAAAACAUUUUUAACAGCAAAAAUUAAGCCCUUUAACAAAAAGAGCACAGUUUUAAAAUGCAUGUAUAACUCACCCAGUUUGUGCAGUAAAGUGCACAGAAAACACCUUUGUGAUAGAUUACUUGCUACUGGUAGUUGUUUGUCCCCUCACCUCACUUUUGAUUUACAUUAUGCCCCCAAAAAUGUCUAAAAACACCAGUUGUAGUAUGCAUAUCAGAUUUAUUUCUUCUUGUGCAAUAGAAUCACAUGCCUACAUAAUGAAAUAAAAUCUGCAUUUGUUA